AGCGGGAGGAAUGAGGCGGCCGAGGCGGGACAGCGGCAGAGCCGUGUAGCGGAGAAGCCGCUCCUUCCCCUCCUCCCUCCCGGGACGCGCGCGCGCCUGGGACCGGCCCCGGAGCGGCCUCCAGACCCGGACCGGAACCUGAUUCGGACCCUUACCCCGGCGGCGGCUAGUUAUCCUUCUCCCUCGGCGCCCCACCCUCCUCCGGCCCUGCUCUGACCCCGCGACCCCUCGACCCUGGGCCCGGACGAUGAUGAAGCUCAAGUCGAACCAGACGCGGACCUACGACGGCGAUGGCUACAAGAAGCGGGCCGCGUGUUUGUGCUUCCGCAACGAGAGAGAGGAGGAGGUGCUGCUGGUGAGCAGUAGUCGUCAUCCAGAUAAAUGGAUUGUUCCUGGAGGAGGUAUGGAGCCUGAAGAGGAGCCAGGCGUGGCUGCUGUUCGGGAAGUGUGUGAAGAGGAGAGGGAGGCAGAGCAGGCUGGAGUGAAAGGGACAUUGGGAAGAUUGGUAGGCAUUUUUGAGAAUCAGGAAAGGAAGCACAGAACAUAUGUCUAUGUGCUUAUUGUCACAGAAGUGUUGGAAGACUGGGAGGACUCAGUUAAUAUUGGAAGGAAAAGGGAUUGGUUUAAAAUAGAAGAUGCCAUAAAAGUGCUACAGAAUCACAAACCCGUGCAGGCCUCAUAUUUUGAAACCUUGAGGCAAGGCUGCCUGGCAAACAAUGGCACCCUGGUUAUGGGUACAACAUACUCGGUCACCAGUCAGAGCUCAGUGCCAGACAUCAGAUGACUGAAGACAUCUUCUCAAGAAAAACAGAAAUUGGAAAAUAGACUGAAAUCUGGAUCUCCUUCCUUCUCCCUGAUUCUCUUCCUCUCACUCCCUACCCCUCUUCACAUGCCUCCUCUUUCAAACAAGGCAUGGGCAGCAGCCUAAAACAGAGGAAGUAUUCUUUGAUAAUGUUGCUGUUUGAUAUUAAGUGGAGCUUUUUUUUCUUUUUUCUUUUUCUAAAAAAAUCCUCUUUUGGGAGCUAAGGGUGGGAUGGGGUAUGUAUUUUGUAAAGUAUAUUUUGUGCAUGAUGUGUCCUUUCCCAUAACAUCACCUUUACCCUCUGAAGAGAGACAGGCAGCUUCUCCUCUGUUUUGCACUCCGAAGUGUUCCUAUCUAUUCAGUUCCCAUCCUGGCCAGACAUUUUCCUCUUUUUUUUUUUUUUAAACAAAAGAUAUUAAUGUAAGGCCAUCUUUUCCAGGAGUCUGUGCUGUUUAUACCUGCAGAUUGAUCAUGUUCAGUGCAUGAUGCAUUUAUAUACACAUUAUAUAUUGACAUAUAAUAUGUAAAUAAAUGAUUGUAGGAGGACAUGUUAAAGUCUAAUUUUGCAAGAGUUUGUUUUGAGAGUGCUCCAAGAGAGGAGAAGAUUUUCUUAGGUAAUCUGCCUAGUAGCAUUAAUCUUACUUUUUUUUUGGGGGGGGGGGGGAGGGGACAAUCCUAGACCAGUUUCCCUGUUCAUUCUUCUUUUCCACCCUUGGUCAUUUACUAUGGUGACCUAAUAGGGAAAGAGUUGGAUGACCUUCUGACUGCUGGUGCUCACAACCUUCUCUUGUCUCAAUUGAAGUUGCUACUCUGUCAGAAGAAAAUACGAAGAAAACUUUACUUCUUUUUAUUACCCAGACAGGAGGAGCAAAUAGAUUCAAUAAAAAGAGUGAUAAAAUUGAAUCUCAAUCUGCUGCGGUGACAGUGGGGAUUUGAACUGGAGCUUGUGGGAUUAAAAGGUACAAAGAACUGGAUUGGCCAAUGCCAGUUCUAUUCUGCCAGUUUUAAGUUCUCUCCAUAGCCCUACUUGUAGUUGAUGAUCUCUUUCUUUUUGUCCAUAUGCCUUAUCGUGCUCAACUGGAUAUCUUUUUGUGCUAAAGUAUUUGCCUGUACUUCCCCUUGUAGCCACACAUGUUCCUCCUCUUCUGUGUUAUGUCCCAAAAAAGAAGCAUAUGAGGGGAAAAUCCAUGGGCUCACUAUUGUGUUUGUGGCAUAGCAGCACUUAGAAUUUUAGCAUGAAGCAUGCUCAAAAUAUUGUCUCCUGCUGUGUGGAUAUGAAAGGUACAACUUCUACCCAGAAAUACUAGUGUAGAAGACUCUUAAUCAUUUAUUAGAAUAGCUACAUAAUGUAUUGGCACACUUUAAACUCUUUUGUUUUAUUGAUAUUUCAUACUGUCUUUAUUUGCCAACUGUGUUGUUUAGUUGGGAAAUAAAAAGGAAAUGGUUGUGGGUUUGGGGGGAUGGGCAAAGGCAGGGCAUUAGUUAAUCCCUGGCUUGGGACAGGAGGUUGUUGCUAGAUUCUUAGUAGCAUCUCCUUUGUCAAAACAUAGCCAAGAUGUGAAAUGAAAUCUGCAGUACUUUUAUUUAAUAAUUCUAAUAAAUACAUAGACUUUCAAAAGGUUUUUUUCUUCCCUCCCACUAAUGGGGAACAAAUAAGUUGGAUAGACCUAUCAGUUUAAUGUUGACUCUGGAAUAGAAAGUAGCCAGUUUUAGAAGCUUAUAGACAGAAGAAUCACAGCAAAGUUACACUUUGAACUACAGGGCCAAAAAUCAGUACUAGCAUUUUGUCAAAAGACAAUAAGCCCAUACUAAUAAAGUAGUUUUAUAUCAGUGGUUUGAAAUAGAGCAUGACACUUUGAUUCUAAAUGUUGAACUCAAUUCUCCAUGUGACCAUUUAAAAAUGAAGAUUCCAUCUCUUUUUAAGAGGCUUAAUACACCAAGGUCCUGCCAGAAAUGCCAAGAAAAAAGUCAAAUCGAGUCAUCCAAGACCAAGUGACAUCCCAAGAAAACAGCUAUCUACUGCUGGCUUUUGGAUCAAUUCUCUCUUUGCUCUAUAGAUUUGCUGUUUUGAAAAUGUUGUGCAGGAAAACACUUGGGAUUCCUGAAAGAAGAAGUGAAGUUCUGUUAUAGCAUUCAGUCCUUUUUUUAAGCACGGGUAACCAAAAAAAAAAUUUCACAGCAUUUUGAAAAUGUUGUGCUGGUCUAUUAAAUCAAAAUGUAAGGGUAGAAUAUUGUUAAUGACUACUGAUGGCUUUUCUUUUGUUUGGAUCAAGAAAAUCAAUUGUGCCAAGGAAGUAUCUUUAUAUGGCAUGAAUCAGUACUAUUAAUGCCCUUAGCAGGAGGGACUUAUUGAUAGACUCAACUAAAAAUUGGAAGCUUUAUCCAAUAUCCAUAAUUAAAAUUAGUGUAUUGUUGUGCCAUGCUUGCAUUGAAUGAAGGUUUUGUUUUUCCUUUCUAUAUUACAAAUUCUAUUCCUGUCUUUUUAAGUAUGUAUUUACAGAUCUCUUGUGAUAGUAUUGGUGUAUUGAUUUGAUAGAUAUAUGCUUUAACACAUAACCUCCUAGCUCCAUUUCUUCAAAGCAAAGAAACAAAAUACAAAGCAUCCCACAAAAUAUUUAAGAACAUGCCCUCUUGAUUUUGCUCUUAUUUUUAGAGCCAUGUACAUUGUGUCUAUUAAUGAAUAUGGUCUAGGAAAAAAAAAUUGGUUGGCUCUUUUUCCCCCUUCAAAAAAAAUUUUUUUUAAACUUAUGGUCCUUUUUUCUCCUUAAAACUUUGUAAAGAUUGCAGCUAUUUGGUAAAGCUUCUUAUUGGAUCUGAGGUUUUGUUCAUUGAGUUCCAGUAGAACUAUCCCAUCUUUCUUGGAGAGAAGGAAGACGGGAAGUGCAUAUGUUGGUGUAUUUGAUAAACCAAACAUAAAAGUGCAGUGAUUGAGUUUACUUUUCCAAAGUCAAAUGCCUGUAUCCUGUUGUACAGGAAGUUCAUUCAAUGUGAUCCUGUGAGAUCAGGCUUAUUGAAUUGGAUCAAACGGAGAAACAGCAUAAAUUUGACAUGCCAGGUUUUCCAAGAUUUCACAUUAAGAUCACCUCACGUGUGCUACACAGCCCAAUAAUUGGAAUUGUACUUUCCUAUGGCCCUCCUUCUCAACCCCACCUAGGAAACACCUUGAUGGAAAUAACAUGAAUAUAAAGUAUAUUGCAGGAGCUUUGCAAUCCUGUUUCUACACAAUCAAGUUCCUCUAUAAGAAGUUUUUUUCUUUUGAUGUUAGAAGUUGAUUAGUACCCCAUGCUAAAAUUUCUUACUCAGAAGAAAAGAAUAUUUUCGUCUCUGUGGCUUAUAAGGAAAGGGGAAGGGGGAAGUUAUGUAAUGGAGACUUUCUUCCUCUGUUUCUCAUCCUCUUGUAGAGUAGAGGUAGAAGCUCAGCUUCUUUUUACCUUUUUAAAUGAGAAAGCCAUUAAUAGGCAUCUUUCAGACUUAGUACAUAGUCUUUUCUAUGUUUAAAAAACCCCAACAACUUCCAUUUAAUGCAUUGACAUCACUAUAAAUGUCUUAACAAUUUCCCCACUUCCUUUUCCUUAAAAUAAAUUUAUGCUGAGCCAUAUUUACUUUUUCAAUUAAUAAAGAUUUCACUACCAUAAUGUGCUCCUUACCUAGCACUAUGGUGUUCCAGUUCUUUAGUGUUCUUGAAGCCUGAGCUGAGAGUGUACUUAGUAUGUGCAAUAGAAUAUGUAAUAGUGUCACAAUUUUUCAAUAUGUGUAUAUGUGUGUGUUUGGGAGGAGAGGGCUGAAGACAUAGAAAUGUAAUGUAAUCAAUAAAGUCCUUUGGUUUUAAUCCCAUUUGCAUUUCAGAAAAUAACCUGCAUCAAGAAAAUAAAUUGGAGUGCAGGAUAAUUAACUCAAACAGCUGCAUUUGGAGAAUCUAGCUGUAGAGGGAAUUUUUUUUUUAAAGAUAGAGAAAUCAAGUAUUUUGUAUCUUUCCUUCUCUUUUUAAUCUCUAAAAAAAGCAAGCAGCUCUCAUAGUUUUGUUGCUGCCUAACCAUAUUGCCAUUCUGUUAAUGUAAACCACAUGGAGAUAAGACUUGCCCCACAGAAGUAUGUGAGACUUGGAAAUUGUGGAAGGGAAAAUAUUCCAAAUUUGGGUUCUAAUGCUCUCAGAUGAGCAGCAAGCAUAUGGACUAAACUUCAUAAUAAAUAUGUGCAUGACCAGUUUAUUUCAUUGUGUGGUAAUGGAAAAAUCUAAGGGAAAAUAAGAGUCUUGUUUGGCAAUUACUGUUCUGAUAUUAAAAUUAGAAGCUCUUGGGAUCCAGAAAAGAACUCUUAAAAGUCUACCCUUUUCUGGGUGCCUUUUUUUAGAUGUCUGUCACAAGAAAUGGUAGCAUACUCUGGGAUUGGGGGGAAAGAGAAUACUAUGCAUAUGUAUACUAUAUUUAAGUGAGAAAGAAAACUAUUGCUAGGUUGUUUCUAUCAAGGUCCAGUUGGUGGAAUCAAAAAUCUCUUUUCAGUCUCCAGACUGAAGACCUUUAAUUCUAUCCAAAGGCCUUUCAGUGGUGCUUAAUUUUUUGCCAAAUGUGUUCAGUUCCCUCCCCUUUCUUCCCCCCCUUCCCCAUCUUUGUGGGGACAGAUUCAUCAUCUUUUUUUUUCUUUUUUUAGCCUAGAACUUCCCUGGAGAUAUACGUAACUUGGACUUUUCACAUCUGGCAAAAAUCAUGCUUUUUUCUCUUUGAGAAGGACCAAAUGCAAAAUAUUGAUUCACCCCAUUCUACUUUAAAGAAAAAACCUUUAGUUGCUUUAAGGCCAUUUAAUUGAUUUGCUUUGAAUUUCUAAAAAUGGAAUAAUUUUUAUGGGGCAGACUGGGAAGAUAAAUCAAUUAUUCUAUUUAAUACUGGAGACAGUUCUGUUAAAAAGAUUUUUUAUGAUGGAAUACCUAGGCUACUGUCUUAUCAGUAAUCAGAUCUUUGGUUUUUUUUCCAAUUUGUUUGCAAUUUAAUGUAUGUUUAACUAGCUUUAAAUAAUACAAUAGAGUAAGGUAAAGGUAACUUCAUUUUGCAAAACCUUUCAAAUAUGCUUUUAAUAUGCUCAUUGUAUCAAAUGCAGAGAUUAAAUCAGUUAAAACAACAAAACCUUAAGGAUUUUAAAAUCCUUAAUUUAAUCCUUAUUCCCAAAAUUUUAAUGUUAAAUUUUUUGCUUAAGGAGCAAAAAUAUCAGCAUAAACUACUAAUUGCUGAUUGUUGAUAGACAUUAGCCAUGACAUUUAUUCUGUUCAGAACAAUUCUUGAGUACAGCUAAGCAUUUAUCUAGGUUUUGAAUUCCAGACUUGUUGAUCUGAUCAUAAUUUCUGUAUAUACACCCAAAGCCAAGAAUGCUUAUCACAGCUUAAUAGUUUAACAUGUACUCAAAGGAUGAUUUACCAGGUGUGUUUCUGACAGCAAGUUAAGCAGAAUUAAGAAUUGGGCCAGGAAAGAAAGAUACUUGAGUCUCUGUGAAAGCUUCUGGAAUUUUUUUUUUUUUUUUUUAAAGAAAAUAAGUACUAAGACCUCAAAUCAUACUAUUUUCUAAAGUCCGUUUCUCCCAGAGCUCAGGAUGUACUAACAAUUUAUCCAAUGACAUAGUCCAUAAAUUCACACUGGAAAUAAUCCCAGUGGGAAUCUUCCUGAGCAAAGUAAGAUUGUGCUUGGAGCAACUUUGCCUUAAUUGAAAAUAUUUGCCUAAAAGGUGGAGUAUUGAAGCUUUUCCUUUGCAGAAGACAUUUACUGGGAGUCAUGUAGUUCUGUCCAGCUCAGUGUCCUACAGCACAACUCUGUAUUCUCACACUUAAAACUAUUCUCAUUGCUAAAUUGUGUACUUUGGGUUCAAAAGUAUCCUGGUGGUUAAGCAGACUACAUUUUAUGGAAACAUUUACUAACUUGAGUGAUUGAGGGGGGGAGAGGGUCACCAAGCAAUUAGAGAUGGUUUAAGCAAUUCACAUCUUUAAGAACUAGAAAAUCUAUAUAUGUUAACAUAUGAAGUAACAUUGAAUCACUUAGAAGAUCGUUAGCAAAGCAGAGACUUGAAGCAAAAAUUAGUUCUAGAAUUCCCUGAAAAUUGAGAGCAAGUUAUCUUGUCAGUGGGCAAGAAGCCAGUGUUCUUGAGCUGGUACAUAAAUAACAAGGCCAAAGAAGGGAUGAGCAGCUGUUAACUUGAGUGAAAGAAUCCAACAUUUUUGCCUUGCUCCACAUAUUGAUUGGACCCCUUUUUAUACAAAGGCUUUAAAAGGUGACUAAUCCUCUCAAAACUAAAGUAUUCAGUUUUUAUUUAACAUGAAAGCUUUCUUCUCCACUCGGAAAAAAAGGCUAUAUUGUCUUAGUUUAUGGAAUUUUAAAUCUUCAGGAUUUAUGUAAAUGUGUUAUGCUACACUAUGUAGCAUAACACACUAUGUAGAUGAUUAAUUUCAGCUCCCACAGAGUGUAGUUAAUUGCAUGGGUUUGUAUCAUUUAUUAGUAGAGAAAGGGCUUUAAAUGUUUGAAAUGGAAAGGAUUUGAAGUUUUUAUAAAGCUAUAGGGUCCAUUUGAUAUGAUGUGAAAAUUUCAUAGCUGGUUUGUAGUCAAAGGUCUGGACCCUCACGUGUAUUUGGUGGGAGAUUUUCCUCUUAAGGUUUGCUUUCUAUACCGGGGGGUAUUUGUAGGCUCUUGGUGUGUUGAUUUCCUAAGAUUAUCAAUUAGCUUGUCUUUAGAAAAAGAUGUCCUAGCUGUGUAGAUUAGAUUGCUUUUUGUUUGAGAAAGUGACUGAAAGUAUUUAAGGAUGUUGAAAACUGUUUUAAAAUAAAAAGUGAAUAUUCCUAUAUCAGAGCUACAAAAAUGGCUUUAAAUAUCUUCAUGUCUUAUAUUACCAAUCAAUCCUUUAUUUCAGAUAUGCUGUCUUCUGUCACCAUUGAUGCCCUUUUAUAAAGGAUAAUAAACAUGAAGCCAAAAGUCAAGCUGCAUUUGUUUUUACCAGUAAUGGGUAGUGUUUCCAAACAGGUUCAAAUGUCCAUCAUACUCUAUUACUGAAUCUGAUUAUUGGGAUGUUUUGAUUUCAACUCUUCCUUUCCUCCUGUCCUUCCCCGUUCAUACUUCCCAAAAUAACCUUUUCAUAAUGUAAAAAUUAGCUUUCUGAGGAUCCAUUUCUCUUGGCUUCCAUUUGUAGCAUGUUAACAGAACUUCUAAGAAGGAUGAUUUAAUUUCUCUUGCAAUGGGAAUAAUUCUGAAGCUUGUAAUACAGAAAUGGAAGAAAUUGCAGGUUUGGCUUUUUUUUUCUAAAGGUUUUUUUCAAAUGUGUUGUGGGAAAAGCAUAAUAUUAAUAAUGAAAAAAGAGAGAUUCAAUGUUUUGCUUCUUUGCCUCAACACAUUUUUGGGAAAGGGGACAUCACACCUGUAGUUUUGGGACAAUUCCAACCAUCCUCGGGGCCAGAGAUUUCAUACCUCUCUUAACUAAGGUUGUAUGUUUGUAUUUGGGGAAAAAAACUGCUUAAAAUUUAAUCUUAAUUACCUCUUAAAAGAGGAACAUGAAACAAGUGAUCUUAAGGAAGAGCUCAUUGGAUUGUGCAAGCAAAGGAACAACUGCAGUGCUUUUCAGAAGCCAAAGGACUAUACAUCAUACUCUAUUACUGAAUCUGAUUAUUGGGAUGUUUUGAUUUCAACUCUUCCUUUCCUCCUGUCCUUCCCCAUUCAUACUUCCCAAAAUAACCUUUUCAUAAUGUAAAAAUGAGCUUUCUGAGGAUCCAUUUCUCUUGGCUUCCAUUUGUGGCAUGUUAACAGAACUUCUAAGAAGGAUGAUUUAAUUUCUCUUGCAAUGAGAACAAUUCUGAAGCUUGUAAUACAGAAAUGGAAGAAAUUGCAGGUUUGGCUUUUUUUUUUCUAAAGAUUUUUUUCAAACUUCAUUCUUCUCCCCUUCUUUCCCCCUUGUCUUGGCCUUGUCCUUUGCUGGCGACAUUUGGGUUUAGUUCAAGAUAUAGAGAAAUGGAGCUGAAUAAGAAAGAUGAUGGUCAGUUUCAAGCUGUGAAUAGUGCGCAUGUACUUUCUGCCUAACACAUCUCCUUUCUGCCUAACAUAAUGAAGUAGACAUGUUUAAUAAUUGUCUCAGCAAUAGAAAGUAAUGCCAUCCUUCCCAUCUAUAGUCUAGAUAAGGCUUUGAUGCCAUCACUUAAAAUCUCCCACCCGUUUUUUGAAUCCUGAUAUUAAUAUGUCUGCAGUUCCUUUAUAUGUUAGUUUCCUUCAACUAAAGUUUUGUGUGAGGGAAAAGCAUUGGAAGUAGAGGUUGUAAUCUCGUGCCAACAAAUAAACACUGGUAUUUCACAUUCA